GCUUGUCUGCUUCGGGCGGGCUAAAGGAAGGUUCAAGUGGAGCUCUCCUAACCGACGGGCGUCUGUGGAGGGGUGGCUUGGUCUGGUGUCGUCUCGAGGGUCCUGCCGGUUUAGUCGCUUUCAGGGUUCUCGAGCCCCUUCACGACCGUCACCAUGGAAGUGUCACCAUUGCAGCCUGUAAAUGAAAAUAUGCAAGUCAACAAAAUAAAGAAAAAUGAAGAUGCUAAGAAAAGACUGUCUAUUGAAAGAAUCUAUCAAAAGAAAACACAGUUGGAGCAUAUUUUGCUCCGCCCAGACACUUACAUUGGCUCUGUGGAAUUAGUGACCCAGCAAAUGUGGGUUUACGAUGAAGAUGUUGGCAUUAACUAUAGGGAAGUCACUUUUGUUCCUGGUUUGUACAAAAUCUUUGAUGAGAUUCUAGUUAAUGCUGCGGACAACAAACAAAGGGACCCAAAAAUGUCUUGUAUAAGAGUCACAAUCGAUCCGGAAAACAAUUUAAUUAGUAUAUGGAAUAAUGGAAAAGGUAUUCCUGUUGUUGAACACAAAGUUGAAAAGAUGUAUGUCCCAGCUCUCAUAUUUGGACAGCUCCUAACUUCUAGUAACUAUGAUGAUGAUGAAAAGAAAGUGACAGGUGGUCGAAAUGGCUACGGAGCCAAAUUGUGUAACAUAUUCAGUACCAAAUUUACUGUGGAAACAGCCUGUAGAGAAUACAAGAAAAUGUUCAAACAGACAUGGAUGGAUAAUAUGGGGAGAGCUGGUGAGAUGGAACUCAAGCCCUUUAAUGGAGAAGAUUAUACAUGUAUCACCUUUCAGCCCGAUUUGUCUAAGUUUAAAAUGCAAAGCCUAGACAAAGAUAUUGUUGCACUAAUGGUCAGAAGAGCAUAUGAUAUUGCUGGAUCCACCAAAGAUGUCAAAGUCUUUCUUAAUGGAAAUAAACUGCCAGUAAAAGGAUUUCGUAGUUAUGUGGACAUGUAUUUGAAGGACAAGUUGGAUGAAACUGGUAACCCACUGAAAGUAGUACAUGAACAAGUAAACCACAGGUGGGAAGUGUGUUUAACAAUGAGUGAAAAAGGCUUUCAGCAAAUUAGCUUUGUCAACAGCAUUGCUACUUCCAAGGGUGGCAGACAUGUUGAUUAUGUAGCUGAUCAGAUUGUGACUAAACUUGUUGAUGUUGUGAAGAAGAAGAACAAGGGUGGUGUUGCAGUAAAAGCGCAUCAGGUGAAAAAUCACAUGUGGAUAUUUGUAAAUGCCUUAAUUGAAAACCCAACCUUUGACUCUCAGACAAAAGAAAACAUGACUUUACAAGCCAAGAGCUUUGGAUCAACAUGCCAUUUAAGUGAAAAAUUUAUCAAAGCUGCAAUUGGCUGUGGUAUUGUAGAAAGCAUACUAAACUGGGUGAAGUUUAAGGCCCAAGUCCAGUUAAACAAGAAGUGUUCAGCUGUAAAACAUAACAGAAUCAAGGGAAUUCCCAAACUUGAUGAUGCCAAUGAUGCAGGGGGCCGAAACUCCACUGAGUGUACGCUUAUCCUUACUGAGGGAGACUCAGCGAAAACUUUGGCUGUUUCAGGCCUUGGUGUGGUCGGGAGAGACAGAUAUGGGGUUUUCCCUCUUAGAGGAAAAAUACUCAAUGUUCGAGAAGCUUCUCAUAAGCAGAUCAUGGAAAAUGCUGAGAUUAACAAUAUCAUCAAGAUUGUGGGUCUUCAGUACAAGAAAAACUAUGAAGAUGAAGAUUCAUUGAAGACUCUUCGUUAUGGGAAGAUAAUGAUUAUGACAGAUCAGGACCAAGAUGGUUCCCACAUCAAAGGCUUGCUGAUUAAUUUUAUCCAUCACAACUGGCCCUCUCUUCUGCGACAUCGUUUUCUGGAGGAAUUUAUUACCCCUAUUGUAAAGGUAUCUAAAAACAAGCAAGAAAUGGCAUUUUAUAGCCUUCCUGAAUUUGAAGAAUGGAAGAGUUCUACUCCAAAUCAUAAAAAAUGGAAAGUCAAGUAUUACAAAGGUUUGGGCACCAGCACAUCAAAGGAAGCUAAAGAAUACUUUGCAGAUAUGAAAAGACAUCGUAUCCAGUUCAAAUAUUGUGGUCCUGAAGAUGAUGCUGCUAUCAGCCUGGCCUUUAGCAAAAAACAGAUAGACGAUCGAAAGGAAUGGUUAACAAAUUUCAUGGAGGAUAGAAGACAACGAAAGUUACUUGGGCUUCCUGAGGAUUACUUGUAUGGACAGACUACCACAUAUCUGACAUAUAAUGACUUCAUCAACAAGGAACUUAUCCUGUUCUCAAAUUCUGAUAAUGAAAGAUCUAUUCCUUCUAUGGUGGAUGGUUUGAAACCAGGUCAGAGAAAGGUUUUGUUUACUUGCUUCAAACGGAAUGACAAGCGAGAGGUAAAGGUUGCCCAAUUAGCUGGAUCAGUCGCUGAAAUGUCUUCUUAUCAUCAUGGUGAGAUGUCACUAAUGAUGACCAUUAUCAAUUUGGCUCAGAAUUUUGUGGGUAGCAAUAAUCUGAACCUCUUGCAGCCCAUUGGUCAGUUUGGUACCAGGCUACAUGGUGGCAAGGAUUCUGCUAGUCCACGAUACAUCUUCACAAUGCUCAGCUCUUUGACUCGGUUGUUAUUUCCACCAAAAGAUGAUCACACAUUGAAGUUUUUAUAUGAUGACAACCAGCGUGUUGAGCCUGAAUGGUACAUUCCUAUUAUUCCCAUGGUGCUAAUAAAUGGUGCUGAAGGAAUCGGUACUGGGUGGUCCUGCAAAAUCCCCAACUUUGAUGUUCGUGAAGUUGUAAAUAACAUCAGGCGUUUGAUGGAUGGAGAAGAACCUUUGCCAAUGCUUCCAAGUUACAAGAACUUCAAGGGUACUAUUGAAGAACUGGCUCCAAAUCAAUAUGUGAUUAGUGGUGAAGUGGCUAUUCUUAAUUCCACAACCAUUGAAAUCUCAGAGCUUCCCAUCAGAACAUGGACCCAGACAUACAAAGAACAAGUUCUAGAGCCCAUGUUGAAUGGCACUGAGAAGACACCUCCUCUCAUAACCGACUAUAGGGAAUACCAUACAGAUACCACUGUGAAAUUUGUUGUGAAGAUGGCUGAAGAAAAACUGGCAGAGGCAGAGAGAGCUGGGCUACACAAAGUCUUCAAACUCCAAACUAGUCUCACAUGCAACUCUAUGGUGCUUUUUGACCACGUAGGCUGUUUAAAGAAAUAUGACACGGUGUUGGAUAUUCUAAGAGACUUCUUUGAACUCAGACUUAAAUAUUACGGAUUAAGAAAAGAAUGGCUCCUAGGAAUGCUUGGUGCUGAGUCUGCCAAACUGAAUAAUCAGGCUCGCUUUAUCUUAGAGAAAAUAGAUGGCAAAAUAAUCAUUGAAAAUAGGCCUAAGAAAGAAUUAAUUAAAGUUCUGAUUCAGAGGGGAUAUGAUUCAGAUCCUGUGAAGGCUUGGAAAGAAGCCCAGCAAAAGGUUCCAGAUGAAGAAGAAAACGAAGAGAGUGACAACGAAAAGGAAACUGAAAAGAGUGACUCCGUAACAGAUUCUGGACCAACCUUCAACUAUCUUCUUGAUAUGCCCCUUUGGUAUCUAACCAAGGAAAAGAAAGAUGAACUGUGUAGACUAAGAAAUGAAAAAGAACAAGAGCUGGACAUGUUAAAGAGAAAGAGUCCAUCAGAUUUGUGGAAAGAAGACUUGGCUGCAUUUAUUGAAGAAUUAGAGGCUGUUGAAGCCAAGGAAAAACAAGAUGAGCAAGUGGGACUUCCUGGGAAAGGGGGGAAAGCAAAGGGGAAAAAAGCACAAAUGGCUGAAGUUUUGCCUUCUCCAUCUGGUCAAAGAGUCAUUCCACGAAUAACUAUAGAAAUGAAAGCAGAUGCAGAAAAGAAAAGUAAAAAGAAAAUUAAGAAUGAAAAUACUGAAGGAAGCCCUCAAGAAGAUGGUAUGGAAUUAGAAGGCCUAAAACAAAGAUUAGAAAAGAAACAGAAAAGAGAACCAGGUACAAAGACAAAGAAACAAACCACAUUGCCAUUUAAACCAAUCAAAAAAGGAAAGAAGAGAAAUCCCUGGUCUGAUUCAGAAUCAGAUAGGAGCAGUGAUGAAAGUAAUUUCGAUGUCCCUCCACGAGAAACAGAGCCACGGAGAGCAGCAACAAAAACCAAAUUCACAGUGGAUUUGGAUUCAGAUGAAGAUUUCUCCGAUUUUGAUGAAAAAACUCAGGAUGAAGAUUUUGUCCCAUCAGAUGCUAGUCCACCUAAAACCAAAACUUCCCCAAAACUUAAUAACAAAGAACCGAAACCACAGAAAAGUGCCAUGCCAGACCUUGAAGGUGAUGAUGCUAAGGAUAGUGUACCACUGUCUUCAAGCCCUCCUGCUACACAUUUCCCAGAUGAAACUGAAAUUACAAACCCAGUUCCUAAAAAGAAUGUGACAGUGAAGAAGACAGCAGCAAAAAGUCAGUCUUCCACCACCACUACCGGUGCCAAAAAAAGAGCUGCCCCAAAAGGAACUAAAAAGGAUCCAGCCUUGAAUUCUGGUGUCUCUCAAAAGCCUGACCCUGCGAAAACCAAGAAUCGCCGCAAAAGGAAGCCAUCCAUUUCUGAUGAUUCUGACUCUAAUUUUGAGAAAAUUGUUUCUAAAGCAGUCACAAGCAAGAAAUCCAGGGGGGAGAGUGAUGACUUCCAUAUGGAUUUUGAUUCAGCUCUGGCUCCUCGGGCAAAAUCUGGACGGGCAAAGAAACCUAUAACGUACCUGGAAGAGUCAGAUGAAGAUGAUCUGUUUUAAAAUGUGAGGCAGUUAAAAAUUUUAAGUAGUUAUCUUAUUGAGCCUAAGACUGGUUUUAAAGUUACCUGAAGCUGUUAACUUCCUCCCCUUUGAAUUUAGCUUGGGGAAAGUGUUUUCAGUACAAGACCAUCAAAAUGAAGUGAGUAGAGCCCAAGUGUCCUUUAGCUUUUUUGUUUGUUUUGUUUUGUUUUUGAGAUGGAGUCUUACUCUGUCGCCCAGGCUGGCAUGCAGUGGCGUGAUCUUGGCUCAUGGCAACCUCC